GCCGGGCCGGGCCGGGCCGGGCCGGGCCGCCCCCGCUGCCGCCGCGGCCUCCCGCGGGACGCGGCCGGGCUCAUGGCGGCGCAGCGCGGCGCCCGCCGGCUCGGCGCGCUCGGGCUGCUCUGCCUGCUGCUGCCCGCCGUUUUGGGUGAGGACUAUGAGGCAUAUGCUGAUCAUCAUGGCAAGGCGCAACCUGCAGAAUCCUGUCCCAACUUCUGCUGUGGAGAUUGCAUGCGUCGAUACUGUUGCUCUAAUGUGCUACUGAAAUUUGAUGAAGGACAACAAUUUAAGUGUAAUCUGCUUGAUGGAAGGACCUCUGGCUCAGGCAAUGUGAAUUACCUGCAGUUCCGUGCAGACUUUGAUGAUUACAUAGACUCUGGCCCCAGGACUGAUUCAGAGAUUUAUGAGGAUGCAGUUGAACUUCAGCAAUUCUUUAUUAAAGUUCGAGAUGAACUGUGUAAAAAUGGAGAGAUUCUUCUGUCACCAGCUCUCAGCUAUACCACCAGGCAUCUUCACAGUGAUGUAGAGAAGGAAAAGAAGGAAAAGUUGCCCAAAGAAAUAGAGGAGGAUAAACUCAAAAGAGAGGAGGAGAAGAGAGAGGCAGAAAAGAGUGAAGAUUCUUCUGGAUCAGCUGGCCUGUCAAGUUUGCAUCGGACCUACAGCCAGGACUGCAGCUUCAAGAACAGCAUGUACCACGUAGGGGACUAUGUCUGUGUGGAGCCUGCUGAAGCCAACUUGCAACCUCACAUAGUCUGUGUUGAGAGACUGUGGGAAGACUCUGCCGGAGAGAAAUGGUUGUAUGGCUGUUGGUUUUAUUGACCAAAUGAAACAUUUCAUCUUGCAACACGAAAGUUCUUGGAGAAAGAAGUUUUUACAAGUGACUAUUACAAUAAAGUUCCUGCUGGCAAAAUUUUAGGCAAAUGCGUGGUCAUAACUUCAUCUAAAAGUAUUUUCUUCAAUCCACAGGAAUAUUUUAAAUUAUGUCCUGAAAACUUUAGAGAUGAAGAUGUCUAUGUCUGUGAGUCACGUUAUUCUGCGAAGACAAAAUCUUUUAAAAAGAUUAAACUGUGGACUAUGCCCGUUAGCUCUGUAAGAUUUGUCCCACGAGAUGUGCCUCUGCCUGUGGUCCGUGUUGCUUCUGACGACAAAGGAGAUGUUCCAGUAGAAAUGUCCAGUGGAGAACCUGGUUGCCAUUACUUUGAACAGCUCUGUUACAAUGAUAUGUGGCUUAAGGUUGGGGAUUGUGUCUUCCUAAAAUCACAUGGGUUAGUGCGAGCUCGAGUAGGAAGAAUUGAGAAGACGUGGGUGCGAGAUGGAGCAGCAUAUUUUUUUGGUCCAAUCUUUAUACAUCCUGAAGAAACUGAACAUGAACCAACUAAAAUGUUCUACAAGAAGGAAGUGUUUUUGAGUAACUUGGAGGAGACCUGUCCUAUGACUUGCAUUUUGGGAAAAUGUGCUGUUCUGUCAUCCAAGGACUUCCUCUCCUGCAGACCAACAGAAGUCUCUGAAAAUGAUGUUUUUCUUUGUGAGAGCCGCUACAGUGAAAGCGACAAACAAAUGAAGAAAUUUAAAGGGCUCAAGAGGUUUUCACUCUCCGCAAAAGUUGUAGAUGAUGAAAUAUACUGUUUUAGAAAACCUAUAGUUCCUCAGAAGGAGCCAUCUCCCCUACUAGAGAAGAAGAUCCAGCAACUAGAAGCAAAAUUUGCUGAGUUAGAAGGAGGUGAUGAAGACAUAGAAGAGAUGGGAGAAGAGGAAGGAGACAUCGCUGAAACACCUUCUAUCCCUCAGCUUCAGACCCCAUUGGCUAGCGAACUGGAUAUAAUGCCUUACACUCCACCUCAGUCCACUCCCAAGUCGGUUAAGGGCAGCACCAAGAAGGAGGGAUCAAAAAGGAAGAUCAGCAUGAGUGGUUACACCUUAUUUAGCAGCGAGAUGAGAGCUGUAAUUAAAGCUCAGCACCCAGACUACUCCUUUGGAGAGCUCAGCAGACUUGUAGGAACUGAGUGGAGAAACCUGGAAGCAACCAAGAAAGCGGAAUAUGAAGAGCGGGCAGCUAAAGUUGCUGAGCAGCAGGAGAGCGAGCGAGCAGCACAGCAACAGCAGCAGAAUUCCUGCCCCCGGGCAGGCACUCCUGUCGGGGCUCUUAUGGGGGUGGUGCCGCCACCAACACCAAGGGGAAUGCUCAGUCAGCAGUUGACACCCGUUGCAGGCAUGAUGAGUGGCUAUCCACCGGUGCUGCCACCUUUGCAGGGCCCAGUUGAUGGCAUUGUUAGCAUGGGCAGCAUGCAGCCACUUCACCCAGGGGUGCCCCCACCCCACCAACUUCCGCCAGGCAUCCCAGGCAUCCCACCACCCGGUGUUAUAGGCCAAAACGUAUCCCCCACGGUAGGCACUCCAGCACCAGGAGCAAGUCCAUUUGGACAGCAGAUAGGAAUCCUUGGCCCGCCGGGACAGCAAGCACCCCCUCCGUAUCCCGGCCAGAGCGCAGCAGCGCAGCCGGUUAUACAGCAGCCCACGACUCCCGUGUUCGUCUCCCCUCCACCAAAGGCACAGAGGCUUCUUCAUUCUGAGGCCCAUCUGAAAUAUAUUGAGGGGCUUAGCGCUGAAUCAAAUAGCAUUAGCAAGUGGGACCAGACCCUUGCAGCACGAAGGCGAGAUGUCCACCUAUCAAAAGAACAAGAGAGCCGUCUCCCUUCACACUGGUUGAAAAGUAAAGGGGCUCAUACCACCAUGGCCGAUGCGUUAUGGCGUCUUCGAGACUUGAUGCUACGAGACACCCGUAAUAUCCGUCAGGCGUACAACAUAGAAAAUGUUUAAUCGUGUAAUUGCUUCUUUGAUACCGGCGUAUAAGGAGUUUUGUGGAACAAUAGCCGUUUUAGUUACUGGGUGGGGAGAGAUAACCAACAAUAAUUUGUAUUGCAUUUUACUGCACAUUGCAAGACCAUUUUUAUAUAAGGACACUUUUAAUAAGCAUAUUUCACUUUUUGUUAUAUUAAGUUGCCUUUAUCAAAUACACAGAUUUUUGCAUAUGUUUCCUUUGUUUGAAAGGCAAUUUCAUAAUUGGUUAAGUGUAGUCAAGGAUUCAUCUUUCUUAUAUUUUAUUGCUGAGAACCUGAUGCCAUCAUUUUUGUAUAAAAGAAAAAAGAAAACAAAAAGCAUUUACAAAUUGGUACAAUGGAAUGUGAAAUUAGUCAUAGUUCACAUCUUAGAAGAAUGCGUGUACAUGUGCUUGUGUGUGCUAGCCACUUCCAGCAGAAAUCUCACUUGGAUGUGAACAGGGAGGAUUUCUUGAAAUGAAGCUAAAGGUAAGGGGUACAUAGAUGCUAGGAAAAAUCAAAUUUAAGUCAAUACCAAUGCUGCUGAAUGGACCACAGUGAUCAUGGAAGUGCUGGUGUGGACGGGACAAGGGUGUCUUGACUGCUGAUGUUGUCCAGUCCUGUCCAGUUAUUUAAUUGUGUAGCCAAGGCCAUUAUGAUCCUAAAUGAGUAACAGAAUACAUGUGCUUUGCAUGCCCUUGAAAGGUGCAAUGUUUUAUCUACCAUGACCUGCUUUGGGGGUUCUGUGAUGUGCCUAACACCUAGCAGUGGGAAUGGAAAGCUUGUUGCCUAAGCAAUUACGUGUGCAGUUCAGGUCUUGGAAGGUAAGUUAGAGAAGGGAAGAUGAGUUGUUUUGUUUGUGAAGUAAUGCAAUGGUUUUAAAUUCACACGUAUUCUGUUAACGAUUAGGUAUUGCAAGGUAUCUUUGUAUGCUUUCCUUAGGGGUAGCGAUUCACCUUAAUGAAAGUUUUGCAGGGCAGAUGGAGAGAAAUUUGAUGCGUAAAUCUAGCUUUAACAAAGUACUGCUGUAUGUGUAAAUUCAGCCUAUCUAGGAGGUUGGAGAAAUAAGAAAACUUGCGUUGCAGCCUUCAGAGUGCUUUUUGGUGGUGUGUUUUUUGGUUCUUUGGUUUUCCGUUUUUGGUUUUUUUUUUUUUUUAAUUAGUAAGGUAUGUAUGGAAUCUUCUUGCCAAAUUUCAAGGUUGUGACUGUCUUCUGCUAAGGACUUACCUGUCCUCCUAACCAACCAACCUUUUGGACUGCAAAGCUGUUUGUUUAAGGGUAAAUCCUUUCAUAGUACUUCAUUUUAGAAAAAGAAUGAAUAGUUUUUAUUUCAUUAAAUAACUGGGAAAGCAAUAUUAAUUUGAACAGUUUGUUGGCAGGAGCAUUGUCACUGCAACUCAGUCCAAAAGAAAGAGCUAAUUUACUGAUAUGCUUUCAUCUGACUGCUAGAAAUGUUCAUCAUGUGGAAAUGUAUUUUAAAGUAUACCAGUAGAAAAAAAAAUACUUGAGUGCAUUUGGCAGAAGGUUAAGUACUUUAUUCCAAUACUGGAUACCUUGGGUUCUGUUUCAGUGAUGUAAUUUAUACUGUUGAGGGAAGUGACCUGUGCAAGUAUAAACUGUUAUUUAAUUUUACUGGCUAAUUCCUCUUCCUCUCCCACUCCAACCUUCCAGUCCUUGCGUGGAAAACCCUCUAAUUACAAGUAGGCACUUAAGGACAGUUGAGGUCAGAUGUGCAAUGGAUGUGAAGGAGAUGGAGCUAAGAAGCAUGUAGGGAAAUUACAGUUUUGAACUCUCCAGGUGUUGCACCUGUGGUGCAGAAAUUCUCUACUGGCCUUUGUAAAUUACCAAGUUUAUGAAAUAAAGUAGAAACGGCAUAGUCUUAGACCUCUUCCACAUAUACAGCAUCAUCUUGAAGUGUAUUUGAAUUACCAUAGGCUUUGCAAUAUUUAGCCGCAAAGAUGGGACAUUGAACUGAAUCAAGCAGCAAAUCCUAGUUUUUGAGUAUUUGGAAGCAUCAUGGAUUGUACUAAUACCACCCGAUUCUCUUAUAUCUCAGCAUUAACAAAAAUUACACCAAAGAACCUGGGAUGAAUUUUAGUUAAGUUAUUGUUUUAUUUAUUUUCUUUUGAGGACCAGAUGGGACUCCCUUUGGAGCCUGUAGAACUGAAUUUUUUAAUUUAUCUGAAGGUCAGUGAUGAGCAGACUUGCGGCCCUGGCUCUCUCCCGCCUGAGCCGCUGCGGCACUACUUUCGCUGCUCUUUCCAGCCCGGGAGCAAGUGAUUGGAAGUGCAAGUGAAACCUGGGUCCUCCCAUAGGGCAGUGCAGAGCACUACCACUAAGCCACUGGGCUGGCCCUAAUCAAAUCUUUUAAGCGCCGUUUAUUUAUUUCAAAAUCAUGUCUCUGUAUAUUGGAGGCAUUUCAGUUGACUGCAGUAAAAUUUAGGAUAUAAUGGCUACAGUUUAGAAUUCAAAACCAGCAAAAGAAGCUUUUUUCUGACUCUGGUUUAAAAAAAAAAAAAAAAAAAAAAAAAGACGACAUGUCUGUCUAGCUGUCUAGCUGUUUCUCUCUCUCUCUCUCUUUCUGUCUGUCUGUCUGUCUCUCUCUUUCUCUCUCUGGGUAUUUGAACCCCUCAUUUGUUUUCCACUGCCGUUCAUUGUACUGGAGUAAAUGAAACUUUCCUACUAAAAUAAAAGUAUGUAUGGGAAAUGGUUGGUUUCUGUGAGAGUGGAAAAUAGAUUAAUCUAGGACCAGUAUUUUCAUAAACCAGUUGGAGACUACUUAUUAUUUGUUUCACUUUCUCAGUCCUUCCCUUCUGUGAGAAAAUUUACUGUUUGUGUAAAAACUCAAAACGUCGUUGGUGAUUUUGGGGGCAUGUUUUUGGACCUGGUUAAUUCAUGCUUGGCUUUUCCUUAAAUCUUGUACUCCCGAAAGUUCAGCUGAUAACCAGGUUUAUAACAUGUAUGUACCAUCAGUUUGUUUACCUGAGUCUUUUUAAUUUGAAUAAAAAUAGUUUGCAAAGUG